AUGGAACAACCCACGAAGCACGAACAAGGGUGGAGGAGAGUGGUUCGCAACUUUACGCCCUCAUGGUUCGCCGUCACUAUGGGUACGGGGAUUGUGUCUAUCUUGCUGCAUAAUCUCCCCUACAACGGAGUAUGGCUGUACUGGAUUUCCGUGGUGAUAUUCGUCUUUAAUGUGCUUCUCUUUGCCACGGGGUCUAUCCUCACCACCCUCCGGUACUCCCUGUAUCCCGAGAUCUUUUUGGCUAUGAUCCAGCACCCCGUUCAGUCGAUGUUCAUCGGAACCAUUCCCAUGGGACUUGCAACCAUCAUCAAUAUGAUUUGUCUUGUCUGUGUUCCUGCCUGGGGUUCUUGGGUGAGCUACUUUGCCUGGGGUCUGUGGAUCUUUGAUGCGAUCAUCUCGGUGAUGACCGCAUUGUCUUUACCUUUUAUCCUAAUGGCCAACGGCUCAGAGACGCACCUCUCUUCCAUGACCGCCGUCUGGCUUCUUCCCAUUGUCAGCUGUAUUGUCGCCGCAUCGUCAGGCGCCAUUGUGGCCGAGGUUCUUCCUCACCCUCAACAUGCGCUAUGGACAGUGAUCACUAGCUACGUUCUCUGGGGUAUCGGGCUUCCCCUUGCAUUGAUGGUCAUGGUAAUCUAUCUUCAGCGUCUGACAUUGCACAAACUGCCACCCAAGGCUGUCAUUGUCAGUGUAUUUCUGCCCCUGGGCCCGUUGGGACAGGGUGGAUACGGGAUCAUGAAGCUCGGGGAAUGUGCGCAACGGCUCUUCCCCCAAACCGGAACCCUCGACCAGGCCUCCGGUCCCAUCUUCUAUGUGCUGGGGUUCUUGGUCGGAUUAAUCCUCUGGGCCUUUGGUCUGGUUUGGCUGUUCUUUGCCUCUGCUUCAAUCGCUCGCAGCAAGACAUUCCCAUUUAAUAUCGGAUGGUGGGGGUUCACAUUCCCCCUGGGGGUGUUUGCCAGCAGUACUUGUCAAAUAGGCAAGGAACUUCCCUCUGCGUUCUUCAAUAUUCUCGGCACGAUCCUCUCCCUAUUUGUGGUUGUAUUGUGGAUCAUCGUGAGUAUCGGCACCUUGAAAGGGGUAGUUUCCGGCAAACUUUUUUUCGCUCCCUGUUUGGCAGAUCUUCGGGUCGAAGACAAGGAUGCUGCGAAAGUAGCAUGA